AUGGCGGACCAGCGGCAGCCGGUGCGCGUCCUCUAUUGCGGCGUCUGCUGCCUUCCCUCUGAGUACUGCGAGUACGAGGAGUCGGAUACUGACAAGGCCGCUCAGAAGCUGCAGUCGGUGGCUGUGUCGUCUUCUUCUGACGCUGGAGGGAGCGAUGCGAGUGUGGUUCCUUCAGAAUCUUUGAUUGGCUACAACCAAAAUGCUUAUCGGAUUGGUCUAGCAAAUUUAAGUUGUGAUCCAUCAAAUUGUUGUAAAGGUCCAACUGAGAAAGAACAGAUUGAUGUGCAAGGGGACAUUGCAUAUGAUAUGGUCGAGUUCAUUACAGAAACUUGGCAAAAUGUGCCUGAAACUGCAAUUUUCUUCGUAGAAGGAACGAAGGUGGCUGCUGCUUAA